AUGAAAAUCCCCAAGUUUGCUUUUGUUUGCUGUUGUUGCUGUACUUGGGCGGCUGUCUCCGCCGAUCCGUUCAAUGACAAGGAUCAUUUGGAUUUUCACGGCGAAUUUGAUCCAGAUUUCUCAAAAUUUUCUCACGAUUUGCCGGAAUUAAAAAUCGAAACAACAACGGAGCAUGAUCAUGGCCAUUCUCAUGAUCACGAAACAACGACGGAACAUGAUGACCACGGUCACUCGCACGAUCAUGAAGAUGAUGAUGAAGAAUGGAGCAAUGCACAAGCCUGGGGCUACGCGACGCUAGCCAAUACUGUUUGUGUUUUGCUCUCCCUCGCUGGUGUUGGAAUUAUUCUGUGCAACAAAAGAGCAAGUCCUAAGAUGAUGACGUAUAUUUAUGAUUUUUUCAUCGCUCUUGGUGUAUCAACAAUGCUUGGCGACGCCUUCUUGCACAUUCUCCCUGCUGUCCUUGGUCUUCACAGUCACGAUGACGGAGAAGCCCAUGCGGAGGAGGAUCAUGGUCAUGAACAUCGACACACGGUCACAACUGCCUCGCCAGAUGAGCACGGUCAUUCUCAUGAGGAACCGGAAGAUGCCGAGCCGGAUCUAUACAUGGAAGCGAUUAAAAACUCGCCGUCGUCUCAUGGCGGCGCCCAGGUCGCGCAUGCCGAUGAAGAAAUGGCGACGAGAAAGACAAUCGUCGAAGAAACGAGUGCGAAGGCAGAAGAAGCGAAGCAAGGCCAAGUUGAGCCGGUUCAAGAAGAUGAUGAGGAUGGAGAAGAAAAUGAAAACAAGGAAGAAGAGCCAAAGAAACAAACAAGUGCUAUUAUGGGAAUUUUGGUUGGCGACUGCAUUCACAAUUUUGUUGAUGGACUUGCGCUAGGAACAACUUGGGCUCAAGGCUGGGAAACUGGUUUGGCAACAACAAUCGCUCUUUUCCUCCACGAGUUGCCCCAUGAACUGUCCGACUUUACGAUCUACAUUCGAUUCGGGCUAACGAAUGCAAUGGCGCUUGGGGCAAAUCUUUUCUCUGCUCUCUGGAGUUAUGGCGGCCUCUACACGGGCCUUGCUCUUUCUUCAAAUACUGACGCUUCUGAGUGGCUUCUUGCGAUGGUGGCUGGCCUUUUUGUCUACAUUGUCCUUGUUGAUAUCAUUCCUGAGUUGAAGCUCAAGGGUCACUUUGAAAACAAAUGGACACGAUUUGCGAUUCAAAAUGUCGGCAUGACAAUCGGCUUCAUCAUUCUAGCGAUGUUGGGCGUUUUCGAAGGACGGAGUCAUUCUCACGAAGAGGAUGAUCAUGGCCAUAGCCACGACCAUUGA